GCUUAACCUAAUCCUGAAAUCUUUCCUAAUAAAGAAAGAACUACGAGAAUAAGAAAUCGGUCGAUAUUCUUCAUCUCCUUAAUUUCUUCUUUCCUUUUCUCCUUACUGUAUUCGCAAGACCUCAUCUCCCAUUCUUCUUCUAUCAUCACAAGCAUCCAUUUACGAUGUUCCAGAAGUUCGAUGAGUGGUUGAGGAAAUUCCGGGACUACUCGACAACCACCAGGGUUUCCUUGCAAUCGUAGCGAGCGUUUCCAUGGCCAUAACGCUUUUCUGCUUCGUCAAAUUGACAGAGGACAUAUCUCCAUUAUAUAUCCCGAUUGCUUGGAUCCAGAUCACUACGUCAGCAACGGUAAUUGGGUAUACUCUUUUGGUCGCCGCUAGGAUAGGCUUCGGAGUGAUCGAUCGCGUUCCUGGAAGAAGACGAUUCCCAUACGCGUUUACUUUGGCGAAGUCCAUCGUUCAGAUUCUGGUGUUGCUAGCUUUCACAUCUAUGGACGACUAUAUGAAAAAACAGAGACGUGUAUUCGUUGUCACCGCCGUCGUCUCAAUGCACAUCCACCUUGUCUCGGUGUUUUUCGCCUUCCACCUAGGUGAAGAUUGCGAUGUCCUAACUGCUUUUCUCUCCGUAUCCUUCACUCUGGUUUACGAAUUGGCCAAAGGAUGGCUUUCGACUUUGGCUCUCUUCAUUGUGGCGAUAAUGCUGAUGUGGAUCAAGAACCUUUUGUUCCUAUAUCCACCGCCGAAUCCUGAAGUCAGAAACGUUGAAGUCGUGGGACGUUGAAGUCGUGUGACGUUGAAGCUAUCGCAGUAGGAGUCUAAAUAUGAACCAAAUUUAUAUUAGUAAAAACUUUUUAGUUAUUUACAAUUUGUCUUCAAAAACCUACUAUUAGUUAUUUACUAUUGCGCACAACUCCUUUGUAGUCAUGAAAGCACACUUUUAAUUGAGAAAUAACAUGGUGUUUGAAAGAACCAAUUAUAACCCCUCUAAUUACAUUAACAAAGAAGGUAACAUGUUAUUG